AUUUGUAUUAUUUGAAACAUGCUCCAAACGUUAUUCACUAUAUUUUUCACCCUAUAGGAGAUAGAGCUUGGAAACAAGCAACGGAACGGUCCUUACCCAAGGACUUCACUUCCCCUUUCACGUUGAAAUGAAUGUACAGAAAAGAAAACCAUCCGCAUCCGCAUCACCACCGAAUCAGGUCGCCCAGCCCCAGCCAAGAGGUACUGAAGACUAUUCACCUUAUCAGCAACAAUCGCAGUCCUAUCAAAAUUACCAAGUACAGACAGCGAUCACUCAUGACAUGAGUAAGCAGUCGGUGGUAGCGGGACACAUGCCUGCCCCUGGCAUGCCUCAACAGACGGCCAACAUAUACCAACAACAACCUGGAAUAAUACCACCUCAGCAGUAUUUUGGGGCUAAUCAACAGAGUAUGCAACCUCAGCAGGCAUUCCGGCAGCCGACCUACCAGCCGGUUUACAUGGCCAUGGGACAGCCUGCCUCCCAGUAUUCGGCAGGCAAUGUCAUGGUACAGCAACCACAAAUGAUGGGGUAUUCUAUGGGCCAAAGAAUGCCAACAACUUCAUAUGCCAUUCCACAGUCACAAACUCUUCAGCAGCAGUAUCAGCCGUCUGCACAGUACCAGACGAGUCAGCAGUACCCCAAUCAGGCCUAUCCAAUGUUCUACCAGAGUCAGCCUAUGCCUGUCACUCAACCGCAGAGACCGCCCUCUGCUCCGGGACCAAGUGCAGCACCCACAAAUAAGAGAGAACGCAAACCAAUACAGAUUUCUGAUCCCAACACGGGACGAGAUGUGACGGAGGAGAUUUUGCAUUUAAAGUCCACCCCUCCGGGUGGGAGUGCACGCAGUACUCCUGGUAGUUCUGGGGUACCGGGAAGUGCCGGGUCGACACCGCCGCCAUCAUUAGGUCAGCCCGACAUUGCAGCUCAGUUUGCUGCCCAAGUUGCAGCCACACUACGUCCUGGGUCUGCUCAAAGUUCUAGUUCUCAGAGACAGGAGUAUGGCCAAGUCGAGCCGGCCACUCCUCAGGCUGCGGCUUCGGAACUGAUGCAAGACAAAGGUCCUCUGCCACCACCGUCUAACUCUGUACCUGCCACAGAGCAAGAUCGAGUAGACAAUUCGAACAGUGUCAGUAAAACUGCGCCUGUGUUACAUUCAGUAUCUGGUUCUAAGACGGAACCGAAUCUCCCUGCAGAGAAAACACAGCAUACAGAAGCCGCACCUAAACUAGUUUCCGUACAAGAAGUGAACAUUGAGGUUAAGGCUGACCAUAAUAAAGUGCAAGUAGAACGGGACACUUCUUCUUCACCUGUGGUAGAAAGUCAACCUGCCGCGGUGGUCAAUGAAGCUGUGAUAAACAAUCUUAGUGGUACAGACACAAAAAAAACGGAUGUCGUGUUGGAAACUCUGCCAGAUGACCAGGUAGUGACAGAACCAGCUGUAACAGAACCAGCUGUAACAGAACCAACAGAACCAGCUGUAACAGAACCAGCUGUAACAGAACCAGCUGUAACAGAGCAGCCAAAUGGCCCCAUCUUAGACGCCAAUACCAGCUUGCCUGACAAACCUAGUGGUGUACAGGUAUUUUCCAGCGAGGCUCAGAUGGAUGCCCCAAGUGAGUUUGUGCCGAAAGAGAAUAUAGACACGACGGAAGAGGCUUUGGCACAGGUUGUUGAGUGUAACGCUGAAGUCACCGUGAGCAUUGUGGAUGUGGAAAGACCUGCAGCUGUGGCCCCGGAGCCUGUCAAUGAAGUAUUGAGCACCACUUCCCCAGAUGUUCCAGAAAAACCCAGUGAUGUAGAUAUAGAUACUACUGCGGCAGACUCGAACAUUUCCAAAGAUGUGAAGUCAAAAGGAAAACGGAAGUUGAAGGAUAUAAACCGGAAAGGCGAGGAGAAAGUUGGAACGGACAUGGAUGCAUUCCUUGAUAUUCAAGAAAAUGAAGUACAUGCAUCUCCUGCUGACACAAAUGCGGACACAGUCUCUACACCUGCUGCCGUUAUUGAGUCUAAGAAUGUAGAGUCAUCAAAAAUCGUAGUAGAAUUGUCCAAGCCGCCAGCAGAGGAGUCGCCCAAGACCAUGGUUGAGGUGUCCGAACCGGUGGUCGAUUCAAGUAAGCCGGUGGUUGAGGUGUCAAAACCUUCAGUUGAAGUGUCAAAACCAGCAGUAGAGGAAGAGACGGAGAAAUCUUCCACCCAGCAUCCUCAGGUUCAAAUUGUGAUAACGGAGCCUGCAUCUAUGCCAAAGGAAGUAGAGAUAGAAAUAACGGAUGCUAAAAUGAGUAAGGAUUCCGAAGUGAGCCGGGAAAAUGCUAAAAACAACGUGAAAACAAAUGAAACCAAUACGGAAAAAACUGAAAGUGAGACGCAGAAAUACAAAUACAAAGAAGAUCAAUGGAGUCCAUUAAAUCCAGAAGGAAAGUGCCAGUAUGACAGAAAUUUCCUUCUGCAACUCCAGUUUGCAAAGGAUUCCAUGACAAAACCAAACGCAUUGCCCAACUUGCCAGAUAUUAUUCUUGAUAAGCCUUAUUCCAAAGAAAAUAAUUCUGUCAAGAACUUUGAACCGAGAUACAACAUGCCAGAUUUUACACCUGGAUAUGCACGGCCAAAGAUGGGUGGUGGCGGCGGCGGCGGUGGACAGAGCUCUAUGGCCAAGCGAGGAAGCCAGUCGAGGAUGCGUGGUGGUGAGCAGCGUAUAAUAAAGUCUGUGUCGAUACAGCGGGAAGAAGUGAAACUACACAAAUCUGAUUCAGCGUGGAAACCCGGUCACAAGGAGGAGAAGAAAAGUGAUGUUGAAACAAAGACAGAGGAGCUGAAUAAGAAGGUGAAGAGUAUUCUAAACAAGCUUACACCACAGAAGUUUCAGACACUUCUACAACAGAUGCAUGGACUUACAAUUGAUACCGAGGAGAGGCUCAAGGGAGUUACUGAUCUUAUAUUUGAAAAAGCAAUUAGUGAACCUGGUUUUAGUGUGGCAUAUGCAAAUAUGUGCAAGUAUUUAUUAAUGUUAAAAGUGCCAUCUGAAAGCAAACCAGGUGAAUCUGUAAAUUUCCGUGUGAUACUGCUGACGAGAUGUCAGAGAGAAUUUGAGCGAGACAAAGAUGACCAAGUUAUUCUUGACAAGAAGAGGAAAGAGCUUGAUGAAGCAGAGUCUGAAGAGAAAAAGGCUCAGCUAAAAGAAGAAUUGGAAUUAGAAUCAACUAAAGCUAGGAGAAGGUCUAUAGGAAAUAUUAGGUUUAUUGGUGAAUUAUUUAAAUUAAAAAUGCUGACUGAAAAUAUUAUGCACGACUGUGUCUUUAAACUGCUACGAUCUCGAGAUGAGGAAAAUCUAGAGUGUUUAUGUCGACUUCUCACAACAAUAGGAAAAGAAUUGGAAUCUGAAAAGGCCAAGCCAAGGAUGGAUCAGUAUUUCUCACAGAUGGCAAAAAUUGUAGUAGAGAAGAAAGUCUCAUCCCGAUGCAAAUUCAUGUUACAAGAUGUCAUUGACUUGAGAGGAAACCGAUGGGUGCCAAGAAGAGAUGAAAAUAAACCAAAAACAAUCGAGCAGAUACACCGAGAGGCUAAACAAGAAGAGAUUCAGCGCCAUAUGAUUUCACAGAUUAAUGCCCAACAACCAAUGAAGCGAAAUAGACCACCCCGUGGACCAUCUCAAGGGGGCCAGGGAGGAAUGGGAGAGGAUGGCUGGAACACUGUCAGCAGCAAGGCCGGCAUGAGAAACAUUGAACGUAACAUUGACGUGUCCAAGCUUAGAAUUAACAAAAGUUCUGAUGACAACAUUCAGCUUGGUCCCGGUGGUGGAUCAAGGUUUGGUGGGUGGGGUCGUGGUAGCAGUGGUGGUGGUAGCAGGCCAUCACAGGAAGGAGAGAGACCCAAUACUCCAGGCAACAGAUAUGCAGCUUUGAGUAAAGAGGAUGACCAUCGAUCACGUGCGUUUGGUCGUGGUUCGAGUCCUCACAGAGGUCAAGGUCGUACACCAGGAUCCUUCCAGAAAGGACGACUUGGUGGGCAUGGGUCUCAGGAACUGGAGAGAGAGCGAGCAAUUGCCAGUGCCAGAACAAUUGUGAGUGGGAGAUCAACCCCUCCAUCUGCACCAGCGAGCCGAGAAGGCAGUCGAACACGAGAACCCAGACAGAAAGAAACCGAGAAGCCGGCGGAAGUGGUUAAAGAAUGGACUGUGGAUGAAAUGGAACUCAAAACGAGGGCAAUUAUCGAUGAAUAUUUGCAUAUACAAGACAAAAAGGAAGCAGUUUUGUGUGUGACAGAGUUGCGAUGUCCAAGCAUGAUACAUAUAUUUGUACAGACUGCAAUAAACCAUGUGCUUGAACGUUCAAAACCAGCUAGACGCCAGACCGGGGCUUUCCUCCACGAUCUCAUCAGACAAAAUUUGAUAAGUGUCGAUACUUACUUAAAAGGUUUAACUGAAAUUCUGCAGUUUGCUGAAGAUAUGGAAAUUGAUAUUCCCAAGAUAUGGAAAUAUUUAGGAGAGCUUAUUGGGCCAAUGGUACAGGAUGGAAGUGUUCCUUUGAGCUUCUUGCAGCAAGCUUGCAAACCUCUGAUAGAGAACAAUAAAGCUGGCAUCUUGAUCGCUGAAAUCUUGCAUGAUGCCAGUCAAGAACUGGGUCCCAAGACGGUAGGAGAUUUGUGGCGGUCAUCUGGUCUUCAAUGGUCAGAUUUUGUUCCACAUCAAGAAGUUGAGCAGUUCUUGAAAGAUAAGAACUUGGAGUUUACAGUAGGUCCAUCUUCGCAGCCUAGCACGCCUACAAGCAAAGUUUCAUUUGACAAGAUCUGUGACGACUUGAAAGAACAGCUCACGCAAUCUCACUGUGAUAACGAAAAUGUAUUUGACUGGAUUGAGGCGAAUGUGUCUGAGGAAACCACUAAAGAUCCUCGAUUCAUCCGAGCCUUGAUGACGGCUGUAUGUUCCAAUGCUAUAUCUGGUUCUGGUAACAUGGCCAAGGCUGACCCGGAAAGCAUUCGGUCACGACGAGCCUUGUUACAGAAAUAUCUGGAACACAAAGCUCUGUUUGAGCUGCAAGCUCUGUAUGCUCUCCAGUGUCUCGUCUUCAAGUUGGAGCAUCCACCUGGAGUCCUGCGGACAUUCUUCGACACAUUGUACGAUGAAGAAAUUAUAUCAGAAGAUGCAUUUAACCAGUGGGAAAACAGUAAUGAUCCAGCAGAAGUGGAUGGCAAAGGUGUCGCUCUUAAACAAGUCGUGCAGUUCUUUGCCUGGCUUCGUGAAGGCGAAGAGGACGAAAACGACAGUUGAUUCUUGGAGCUGUGUAGAAAACCUCAAUAAGUAUUUAUUACUGAAGCUGCAAUACUGAAAUUAGGAAUGCCGACAAAUUGAUUGCAACCUCACUUGUGUGGAUAUAAACAAGCGUAAAUAGAGACGAUUCUUUUCAUAACGCGAUUAACUGUAUAAAUGUGUACAUGCUUUUUUUCCAUGUUGCCGUUGUGAUAUAAUGUACGAUGAUGCAGGCUGGGCUUUUUUGACUGGGUUGCGUUUUCAGUCACUGUGGCAAAACUGUUAAUUGUCACAUUUCGAGGGAACACCCCUUUAAAAAGGACCCGUUGUAGAUCUUUCACUAGUGGAUGUGCCCUAGAGGAACGAGCUGAUGGAUCGAAUGUGUUUUGUGUAUAAAUGAUCUUUUUGUAAUUGGGAAUUUAUAAUAUUUGAAAUGCAUAUUAUGACAUUACGUAUGCUGAUACCGUUUUUGUUUUUCCUUUGAAAGCACUCAUAUUUUGUUUUAAUGACUGCAGUUUCAUUUAUUGUGCAAAGCACAGGAUCGUAUUUAAAAUGCCUCAAAUUUUUGUCCAAAUGAAUUCUCUGUCGGCUACUUGCAUAUGUGUAUUUGGUUUUAUUGGUGCUAGAUUCGGGUUUGGAUAAAAAAAAAUCUUUACAAAGUGUAUAUAUUUGUUACAGCACCAAUUGACUUCCAAACCAUUGUCAGUUUAUUGGUAUAAAUCAUGUUUUUGAUAUCCAAGGACUUAAAUUAUAUUUAUAUUUGCAUAAUUGAUAUGCAUCGGAAGUAGGGAGACGUGAUUACUAAGAUGUGAAAUAUUUGUUGAACAAUUAUUCAACUGUUGUGCGUAUUCUGUGGUGAAGAUAAACUACUUGCGGAUUUUUAAAUAUAACAUAUGUAUUCUUCCUGCAUCUUAAAACACCUGACUUUAUGUGACGAAGUAUAAUAUAAUAUAUAAAAAAUAUAUAUACAUAUAAAUAUUUCUACUAUGUGCUAAUGGUUAUAUAAAGACUUAUAGACAGCCUCUGGUUUCUUUGAACUAAAAAUGUGUGGAAAAUGUUCAUAAAGGUUUUUUCUGUAAGCAGUGAAAAAAUUGGUUUAUCUGUGAUGAAACUUUUUCCCUCACUUGAAUACCUGCAGAUGCCAGCGACUAAAUUUGAUAAAUUAAAUAAAAUGAAGUGUAAAUAAAUAAACGUUGACAGAUCUUUAAA